AACUCUUGCCAAAAAAAUGAACCGUUCCUCUGUUGCCUGCAAAUAACGCGAAAAAAUCUCUCUGGAAAAAAAAAAAAAGAAAAAAAAAGAACCGAACCAGUCGUGAAGGAUCCGAAAGAACAUGAACCAUAGAAAUUUGAAGAAGAAACCCUAAUCUUAGCCUCUCCUUUUUUUUAAUUCGUCUCUGUCUUCUUCUUCUAUCGUUCUUCUAAUCUGAAAGACGCCAAGAUUGGUACCGGGGGAGCUAGGCUAGGGUUAGGUUUUAGGCUCGGGAAAUUAGGGUUAGGGUUUUGAUUCUUUGGUUGUUUUCUUUCUCCUGUUCUUUGGGAGGUGAAAUUGAAGGCGGACUCGUUUUUUUGUGUGGAGGAUUUGGGGAUUUAGGGCUAGGGUUCCGUUUCAUGGGCCGCGCGGGAGUUUUUGGUGGUGGUUUGUGUCGGUUAUGAACGUUGACCAAUGCCAGUGGUGGAAGAAGAUGAUGGGUAGGGGAGUGGACGGAGGUUGUGGAGCUGAAGAGAAGCCUUGUCGCCCAUUUCGUAGGGCUGCGUUAGAUAAGGAUAAUGGGAACAAGGGGUUUGAGGAUAUGGGUUCGUUGGAAAUUGGUUUCUUAGCUCAGGCUAACAAGAACCUCUCUGAGAGGUCUCCGUUUGAUCUUCCUGAAGAUGGUUCCACUUCAGGGUUAACUGUGCCUACUCUACCCGUUGGCUUAGCUAAUUUGCUGAACCGUACUGAUAACAAGAAAAGGCACAAGAAGUCUCAUUCUGGUACGGAUAAUAAGAAGAAGAAGUCUUCUAGGCAAGGGGAUAAGUUGAGAAGUGGCAGUAUCUGGGUUGAGCAUGAGGACUACUUUAGGCGCUUAGAAUUGCCUGAUUUAGAAACGUUGUCAGAUUUAGUAUCUCUACGAUCUUUAUCUUCUAGAAACUGCUUUUCAGUUCCAUCGGUGGAAUACGAAUCUAUUGAUAUCCAACAGAGGGAAACCGAUGCUAGUGCAAAGAAUGAGGAUGUUGUUUGUGCAGAUGGCCUUGUUCUGGAAGAAAUUAAGAACGUUCUCAUUAAAGAUAUAUCUGAAGGCACAGUAAACAAAGAAGAGGUAAACGAGGAUGUUGUUCAGCCAAUGGGUGUUGACAAUGUGGGGGAUGAAAUUUCAUCUGCGUCAGACUAUUCUGGUAGUUUAGAAUGGGUUUUAGGUAUUAGAAAUAGGAUUUUGUUGACAUCGGAAAGGCCCUCCAAAAAGCGGAAGCUUCUUGGUGGUGAUGCAGGUUUGGGGAAAUUAAUGGUUGCGGCUCCUUGUGAAGGGAAUGCAUUGUUAUGUGAUUUUUGCUGCACUGGUGAUGCCAAGGAAUAUCAUCACCAGUUAAUUGUUUGCACUUCCUGCAAAGCUACAGUUCAUAAAAAAUGCUAUGGCCUGCUUGAAGAUUCAGAUAAAUCGUGGUUGUGCUCUUGGUGUGAGCUGGAGAAUGGUCGUGGUGAUUCAGAAAGACCAUGCUUGCUAUGUCCAAAAAAGGGUGGCAUCCUGAAAUCUGUUCUCUCAAAAGCUGAGAAUGGUGGGCCGGUGGAGUUUGCUCAUCUGUUUUGUUCUCUGUGGAUGCCUGAGCUGUAUAUAGAAGACUUGAAAAAAAUGGAGCCCAUCUUGAAUUUGCAUGGAAUAAAAGAAACUCGGAGGAAGUUAUUGUGUAACUUGUGCAAGGUGAAAUCUGGUGCUUGCAUUCGCUGUUGUAAUGGAACAUGCAGAACAUCAUUCCAUCCUAUAUGUGCAAGGGAGGCAGGGAAUAGACUAGAGGUCUGGGGAAAACAUGGGUGUGAUACUGUUGAACUGCGAGCUUUCUGCUCAAAGCAUUCAGAUAGUCAAGAAAAUGGAAAGUCCGUAGAGGGAGGAGAAAGUAAUGCUGUUGAUAGUCGUUCUCCUAUAUGUCAUCUUCCGCCAGAACCUGUAAGAGAAGGUCACCUUUGUAAUGAUGAGAUGGGACUGGACUUAGGAACACGGGGUACAGAUUCUGAUAUUUCGAGAAACAACGAAUUGCGAGAACUAGAAUCACCGCAUUCAAAAUUUAAGUGCUCUGCAACAGACCACGUUGGAUCAGGAAUGACUGUGAGAAGCAACGAAGAUGAAAGAACUCUAUCCAAGUCGCUUAGUUUUGGAUUGAUUCUGAAAAAGUGUGAGCUUGGCACCUGGUCAUUCUCCAGAAGAACAGAAAUCAAUAGGGAUUGAUCAGGAACUUAAUGAUGGGAAAUUUUCAGUUCUUCCUUCUGAUGAUCAUGGACAACGAUCAAACUCCAGUUCUUCUGGUGUCAUGCUGGGGAAUGCCAUUUCCUUGGGGCCAAAUAGUUCUCAGAAUCGUGGAAAUUUGAACUGUCCAACCCCCAUUAUCUUGGGUCUCCUUGAUCAUGAAGCAUAUCCUGGUUUCAAUCCUCAUCCUUAUAUCCUCAAAGAAUUGUCAGAACUGGGCAAGGGACAGACCCUGAAAAGCAGCAGGGAUUCUGAUGUGGCUAGGGUGUCAACCAAAACUGAUGGCUCUGAAGAAGGAAACAAACAUCUGCAGGGCGCUGGCGAUCACACUAUCUGUAGUAAUCUCCAAAAUCAGAGUGCACACUGUGGAGACACAAUUCGUCAGUUAUCUAAAGCUAGGAAAUUGGGCAUACUGGAUAUGUCUCCUGAAGAUGAAGUGGAAGGGGAACUUCUAUAUUAUCAGCUUCAGUUACUUGGCACUGCAUUUUCAAGAAAGGAACUUUCUGACAAUUUAGUCUAUGAAGUUGCCAAAAAAUUGCCUCUGGAGAUUGAUGAACAACAUGGACGAAGAUGGGAUGAUGUUCUGGUGAACAAAUAUUUCCAUGAUGUCAGGGAAACAAGAAAGCAAGGUAGGAAAGAGAAAAGACACAAACAAGCCCAGGCUGUUCUAGCUGCUGCUACCGCUGCAGCGGCGACAUCUUCUAGGAAUACAUCGCUUAGGAAAGAUAUGUCAGAAGAUCAAGCACAGCAAGAGAUAAGCACUUCUAGACGUAAAGUUGUUGGUAGCUCUCAUCUAGUGCCACAAACAAAGGAAACACUAUUAAAGAUGGCUGUUUCCGGGCCACCGUCUGAGAAGCGGUCUGAUCAUCGUACACCAGACUUUUCAGUAGAAAAUCCACGAACUUGUGACAUCUGCAGACGAUCCGAAACUAUAUGGAACCUGAUUGUAGUGUGCUCUAGUUGCAAGGUUGCGGUUCACAUGGAUUGCUACAAAUGUGCUAAAGAAUCCACUGGUCCCUGGUACUGUGAGCUAUGUGCGGAGUCAUCUUCGGAACCUUCUUUUAAUUUUUGGGAAAAACCGGAUUGUUCAACAGAAUGUACUCUAUGUGGUGGCACAACUGGGGCUUUUAGGAAAGCCACAAAUGGGCAAUGGGUACAUGCUUUUUGUGCUGAGUGGUCCUUGGAAGCAACCUUCAGAAGGGGACAAAUAAAUCCUGUGCAAGGAAUGGAGUCUCUGGCCAAGAACACGGACAGUUGUUGCGUAUGCCGACGGAUAUAUGGUGCAUGCAUAAAGUGUAGUUAUGGCAACUGCCAGACGACAUUCCACCCCUCCUGUGCCAGAAGCGCGGGUUUUCAUAUGACUGGUGGUGGGAAACUUCCGCAUAAGGCUUACUGUGAGAAGCACAGCUUGGAGCAGAAGGCGAAGGCCGAUUCUCAGAAACAUGGGGCAGAGGAGCUAAAAAGUCUCAAGCAUUAUAGGGUUGAACUUGAGAGGUUACGCCUUCUGUGUGAGCGGAUAGUCAAGAGGGAGAAAUUAAAGCGAGAGUUGGCUAUUUCUUCGCAUGAAAUACUUGCUGCCAAAAGGGAUCAAGCUGCACGUUCAUUACAUGUACGUAAUCCAUUUUCUCCCCCAGAAGUUUCGUCGGACUCAGCUACAACAUCAGUAAAAGGUCAUCCUGAUAGUAAUAUAUCUGGCAGUGAAGCAAUACAGAGGUCAGAUGAUAUCACCAUUGACAGCACAGUCUCUGUUAAGCGCCGUGGCAAAGGUCCCAUGUUAAUGGACACCGAUCAGAAAACCGAUGACAGUGCUACUUCCAAGAGUCGGUUUUCCCGUAAGCCAACCGAAAGACAGAUAUUUUCUGGGAAAACCGUUCCCCGAAAACAUUGUAUAGUCUCACCUAGUGUUUCAGAGGAUGGAGAUAAAGGGUCAAAGCCUAAGAAGCAGCAUGUAGAAACAUUUGCAAAAGAGCUGGUGAUGACAUCAGAUGAAGCUUCUUUCAAGAACCGACGGCUCCCAAAGGGUUACUUUUAUAUUCCUGUUGAUUGCUUUCAGGAAGACAAGCCGGGAAACCAGAAGGCAGCUUCAUCUGACAAGCCAGCGAACCAGAAGACAUCUUCAGGUGAUCAGUCAGGCAAAGACGGGUAAAGCUGAGAACACAAUAUGCGCUCAUUGCUCUUACCCUAGUUAGAUAGUGGCCAUUGGUGGACAUCACCUUCUGCGCCCUACCCAGGAUUCACCAACUGGCUUGAAGCAAGAAGAACCGAUGGUAUUGCUACAAAAAAGCUGAGGCUGCAACUGAGACUCGGCUAAAAUACAGUUAAAAAGGCAUUGUGAAGCUUUUGGGUACUGAUACAAACUGUGCCUAUGGCAAUGUUUGAGAUUUGAGGGUAACAUCUCUAUAGAAAAGAGGCUUCAGAUUGGAUUCAGGGAAGUGAGAAAAAGCUCCCUAUUACCAUAUAAAGAAGGAUCGGUCACGUGUAAUUCUGUUUGUAUAAAGGAGCGGAAAAAAAGGGGUGGCAUAAGUGUAUAUAUUCAUCAAUUGUGUCUAAAAUCUGACCAAGGGAAUAAUAGUUGUCUGAAAAUUCUUUUAGUUAUGCGUUUUCUUAACA